AUGAUCGAGGCUGUCCUGCCAGGAGAGGGAGCAGUGAACCAGGCUGUCCUGCCAGGAGAGGGAGCAGUGAACCAGGCUGUCCUGCCGGGAGAGGGAGCAGUGAACCAGGCUGUCCUGCCGGGAGAGGGAGCAGUGAACCAGGCUGUCCUGCCAGGAGAGGGAGCAGUGAACCAGGCUGUCCUGCCAGGAGAGGGAGCAGUGAACCAGGCUGUCCUGCCAGGAGAGGGAGCAGUGAACCAGGCUGUCCUGCCAGGAGAGGGAGCAGUGAACCAGGCUGUCCUGCCAGGAGAGGGAGCAGUGAACCAGGCUGUCCUGCCAGGAGAGGGAGCAGUGAACCAGGCUGUCCUGCCAGGAGAGGGAGCAGUGAACCAGGCUGUCCUGCCAGGAGAGGGAGCAGUGAACCAGGCUGUCCUGCUAGGAGAGGGAGCAGUGAACCAGGCUGUCCUGCCAGGAGAGGGAGCAGUGAACCAGGCUUUCCAGCCAGGAGAGGGAGCAGUGAACCAGGCUUUCCAGCCAGGAGAGGGAGCAGUGAACCAGGCUGUCCUGCCAGGAGAGGGAGCAGUGAACCAGGCUGUCCUGCCAGGAGAGGGAGCAGUGAACCAGGCUGUCCUGCCAGGAGAGGGGGCAGUGAACCAAGCUGUCCUGCCAGGAGAGGGAGCAGUGAACCAGGCGGAGAGGGGCAGUGAACCAGGCGGAGAGGGAGCAGAGAGGGAGCAGUGCACCAGGCUGUCCUGCCGGGAGAGGGAGCAGUGCACCAGGCUGUCCUGCCGGGAGAGGGAGCAGUGGACCAGGCCGAGAGGGAGCAGUGGACCAGGCCGAGAGGGAGCAGUGAACCAGGCGGAGAGGGGCAGUGAACCAGGCGGAGAGGGGCAGCGGAGAGGGGCAGUGAGCCAGGCGGAGAGGGGCAGUGAGCCAGGCCGAGAGGGAGCAGUGAACCAGGCUGUCCAGCCAGGAGAGGGAGCAGUGAACCAGGCGGAGAGGGGCAAGGGAGCAGUGAACCAGGCUGUCCUGCCGGGAGAGGGAGCAGUGAACCAGGCUGUCCUGUCAGGAGAGGGAGCAGUGAACCAGGCUGUCCUGCCAGGAGAGGGAGCAGUGAACCAGGCUGUCCUGUCAGGAGAGGGAGCAGUGAACCAGGCUGUCCUGCCGGGAGAGGGAGCAGUGAACCAGGCUGUCCUGCCAGGAGAGGGAGCAGUGAACCAGGCUGUCCUGUCAGGAGAGGGAGCAGUGAACCAGGCUGUCCUGCCGGGAGAGGGAGCAGUGAACCAGGCUGUCCUGUCAGGAGAGGGAGCAGUGAACCAGGCUGUCCUGCCGGGAGAGGGAGCAGUGAACCAGGCUGUCCUGCCGGGAGAGGGAGCAGUGAACCAAGCUGUCCUGCCAGGAGAGGGAGCAGUGAACCAGGCGGAGAGGGGCAGUGAACCAGGCGGAGAGGGGCAGUGA